CGCCCGUGGUAGGAUCCUCGAAUUCGCUCUAAGUCACUCUGCUCGAGGAGCUCAGUCUGGUUGGUCACUCUCAACUUGCCUGAAUCCUGCAUUCGGCCAUGAACAUCGCACACUCCUUUCCUGCCACCGUCCAGAGCAUCUCCUUCUCCUUCCUAGCCACUGAGGAUGUCCGGCGCAUCUCUGCGAAGCAAAUAGUCAAUCCAAAUCUCCUGGACGAGCUUAACCGACCCACCUCUGGUGGUCUAUAUGACCCAGCACUCGGGCCAAGUGAUAAGCAGGACAUUUGUGCGACAUGCCGUCUGUCCUACUUCACUUGCCCUGGUCACUUCGGGCAUAUCGAACUCCCUGCGCCAGUUUUCCAUCCGCUAUUCAUGGGGAAGAUGUAUGAUGUCCUGCGGGGCACAUGUCUGUUCUGCCACAAGUUCAAGGCGAAUCCGUACAUGAUCUGCAAAUUCCAAGGCAAAUUGCGUUUGCUUGAGCACGGCCUCCUUCUCCCUGCUAAGAUGCUGGAUGACCUACGAGUGACCUCUGAGAAGAAGGGCAAGCUGGAGGGCGAUGAAGAUGACGAGCCGACUGAGACCUUCGAAAACUAUCAAAUGCGAGUCAACGCUUUCGUAGCAGCACACCUUACUGGUGCUUCUUCCAGCAAACGCGAUGACUAUAAGGACACUCAGGUCUAUCAGGAGCGUAAAGCUGUCAUGCACGAAUUUCUUAAGGCGACCAUCACGAAGAAGUGCCAGAAUCCCAGCUGUGGCGCGCAUGCUUAUACUUUUCGCAAGGAGGGCCACACGAAGAUCAUCGAGUACGACUUGUCAGCGAAGCAGAAGGCACGGCACGAUAUCAUUGACCUCAAGCGUUCUAACAUCCUUGACGCCGAGCGUGCUAGCCGUGGCGUCAAGCCUGCACACUCACCGUCCUACUCGCGAACAAACGAGCAAGGCGAUUCCGGAACGGACUCCGAGGCAGAGGGUGAGGAUGUCUGGUCAGAGGACGAGGAGCAAAACCCAGCAGUCACCCAUCACCAGCUGCCGAAGUCUGCUAGCGGUAAGGUGAAGACCUCUCGAGGACGAAAUGAGCGGGUCAUGGCUCCCAUUGAGUGUCGGGCACAUCUACGGCAGUUAUUCGAGAAGGAAUCCGUGAUGUGCUCUCUUCUGUUUGGUCGACAUGGGCCCUUUGCCCCCCUUACCCCACAUAGACUGUCCUUGGCCUCCGCUGAUAUGUUCUUCCUGGAAGUCCUCCCCGUCGCGCCCACCCGCUUCCGUCCACCUGCGAAGAUGAACGAUAUGCUUUUCGAACAUCCUCAAAACGAGCUGUUGACUCGGGUGCUCACAGCGUCCUACAGGCUACGCGAGCUGAGCCAGAGCUUGCAUGCGGCCUCCGAGAAGGGCUCGUCUGCAGACGAAGCUACUAAGGACACGCUCUUACAGCAGCUUCUGGACAAUCUUAUCCAGCUCCAGGUUCAUGUCAACAGUUUCAUUGACAGCAGCAAGAACCCCCAGCCAGUGCGACAAGGCAAGCUCCCGCCGUCUGGCGUGAAGCAGCUGUUAGAGAAGAAAGAGGGUCUUUUCCGGAAACACAUGAUGGGCAAGCGUGUCAACUAUGCCGCGCGUUCUGUUAUCUCCCCCGACGUGAAUAUCGAGCCCAAUGAAAUUGGCAUUCCUCCGGUCUUCGCGCGCAAGCUCACAUUCCCUGAGCCGGUGACACCUAUCAACUUCCAUGAGAUGCGGGCUUUGGUGAUUGCGGGCCCUCGUAGUUAUCCUGGCGCCACGAUGGUCGAGUAUGAAGACGGACACCUGCAAUUCCUGGAUAAUUUAUCGGUGGAGCAGCGUACAGCCGUCGCUAACCAGCUACUAACGCCGCAGGAAGGCGAUCAUGGGUCAUCGCGGUCUGGCUUGCGGACGCGUACGGCCGCCGUCAACAAGAAGGUCUACAGACAUCUGCGGGAUGGAGACCAGUUGAUUCUGAACCGACAGCCUACCCUGCACAAACCGAGCAUGAUGGUUCACAAGGCCAAGGUGCUGCAGGGCGAGAAGACGAUUCGGAUGCAUUACGCUAAUUGUAAUUCGUAUAAUGCUGACUUCGAUGGUGAUGAAAUGAAUAUUCAUUUCCCUCAGAACCAAGUCGCUCGCGCUGAGGCUAUGAUGAUAGCUAACACUGAUAACCAAUACUUGGUCCCAACGUCAGGCAAGCCGCUGCGGGGCCUUAUCCAGGAUCACGUAGUGGCUGGUGUCUGGAUGACUGCGCAAGACACAUUCUUUAGUCGGGAGGAAUAUUUCCAAUUGCUCUAUGGUGCGCUCCGACCAGAAGGGUCCUCGGGUCAUCACAGUGGACGUCUGGUAACGCUCUCACCCACCAUCUGGAAGCCGAAGCCUCUUUGGACAGGAAAGCAGAUCAUUUCCACUGUCAUGCUGAAUAUUACCCCGAGUAACGCUAAGGGCUUGAAUCUCACGGCGAAGGCCAAGGUUCCCGGCCAACUGUGGGGCAAGGACUCAAAGGAGGACACAGUCAUUAUCGUCGACGGCGAGCUUCUCUGUGGUGUUCUUGACAAGUCGGCAUUUGGUGCUACAGAUUUCGGCUUGGUCCACUCUGUCUACGAGCUCUACGGUGCCGAUGUUGCUGGUACUCUGCUCGGCGUCCUCAGUCGGCUCUUCACGAAGUUCCUGCAACAUCGCGCCUUCACUUGCCGAGUGGACGAUUUGGCGCUCACUCCCGAGGGCAGUGCGAUGCGGAAAGAGCUCGUUCGCAAGGGCGCAGACCUCGGCACGGAAGGAGCUAUCGAGAAUUUCCCGUCUCUCGCCUCCCUUCCAGAUAACGAGAAGCCUGCCCAGCUGCGGGCGCUGCUCGAAGAUGUGCUACGCGACGACAACAAGAUGGCCGGUCUGGAUAUGACUGUCAAGAGCAAACUCGCUAAGCUCACGAAGUCUAUCGCGGACGCUGUAAUGCCUCAUGGCCUCCUGCGCCAAUUCCCCCAUAAUCACAUGCAGGCUAUGACACAAUCCGGUGCUAAGGGCAGUGCGGUCAACGCUCAGCAGAUCUCGUGCGCUCUCGGCCAGCAAGAGCUAGAAGGCCGACGUGUUCCUGUUAUGGUCAGUGGCAAGACGCUGCCGUCGUUUAAGCCAUUUGAGACGAAAGCCAUUGCCGGUGGUUACGUCGCCAGUCGCUUCUUAACCGGCGUUAAGCCACAGGAGUUCUUCUUCCACUGUAUGGCCGGUCGAGAGGGUCUCAUCGAUACCGCCGUUAAGACGUCGCGGUCCGGAUACCUUCAACGGUGUCUGAUCAAGCAUUUGGAGGGCAUUCGUGCUCACUACGACAACAGCGUGCGCGGCAGCGACGGUUCUCUCUACCAGUUUCACUAUGGAGGCGACGGCAUGGACGUCACCAGGCAGAAGCACCUGUACCAGUUCGACUUCUUCGCUCGCAAUGAGGAGUCCGCUGUUAACAAAUACAAGCCCCGUGAUGUUCUGCCCCACAUCGACCAGAAGCUGGCCGAAGAGCACAUGAAGAAGCUUCUGAAGAGCAAGCGAAAAGGCCUCGACCCCGGAGAGCCGACGCUGUCCACGUACAACCCUGCGCGGUUCUUGGGUAGCACGUCCGAGAAGUUCGCAGAAAAGGUCGAGGAGUACGCUAAGCUCCUGAAGGAGAAGACCAAGCAGGAUGCCAACAUCAAGAUGCGCAAGCCAUACAUCCACCCAAGGCACUUCAAGCUCCUCAUGAAUGUCAAGUAUAUGCGCAGUCUUGUUGAUCCUGGUGAGGCUGUCGGCCUGCUGGCUUCUCAAGGCGUUGGCGAGCCAUCCACUCAGAUGACCCUUAAUACCUUCCACUUCGCUGGGCAUGGUGCCGCAAACGUUACGCUCGGUAUUCCUCGUCUCCGAGAGAUUGUUAUGACCGCCUCACGCAAGCCGAAGACUCCAUCGAUGACCAUGGCCGUCCGGAAGGGCGUCUCGCUGAAAGACAUCGAUACGUUCUGCAAAAGGGCCGGGCGCCUGACCCUUUCGCAGGUUGUGGACAAGGUUACCGUCAAAGAGACCUUGGCGUCCAACGGCGGCUCUCGAACAAAAGAUUUCUCCAUCGAGCUCUCUUUCUAUCUGCGACAAGACUAUCAAGCUGAGUACGAUGUCCAGCCUUCCGAGAUACUGUCGGCGUUCGGGACGAAAUUCCCGUUAAUCCUCAAGCGAGAGAUUCAGAACGAGCUGAAAAAACUAGAUCAAGACAUGAAGUCUCAGAUGGGAGAAAUUGGUAAGGGCAAGAGCGUCCGGGAACGGGUAGGAGAAGCCGAAGCGGAAACGGGUGGCGAGGAGUUCGAGGAGGGUCGUACUGGACGGGGCGGCAGGGACGAGGAUGAAACGAGCGAAGUGGGCGAUGGCGACGCUGCGGCCACCAAGAGGCAACGCCAAUCCGAAGAGCAGGCCACGUACAGCGAUGACGAAGACGAAGACGAUGCCAUGGAGCAGUACGACGAUGAUGCGAUCGAAGCUGCGUACGCCUCAGCAGGCGAGAGCGAUGACGAGGAUGUCGGCGCCGAUAACGCGAUGGAAGUCGAAGACCUCAGCAACCAGGCUGAGGCCGUCGAACAGACCUUCAUGCAGAACUUCUCGUAUACGAAAGCGUUCAGCUUCCGGGACUCUGGAUGCACAAUCGACCUUCAGUUUUCUUCAGACAUGCCGAAGUUGCUACUCGUUGGUAUUGUCGAGAAGACAUGUACGAAGACCGUUAUCAGGGAGGUCCCUGGUAUCAUGGACUGCUUCAAGAACAAGGAGGAGGAGAAUGGUGAAACGACCUACAAGAUGACCACGAACGGUUCGAACAUCUCUGGGAUUUGGCAAUUCGCUUGCGGCGAUGAGGAAAGCUUGAUUGAUGAAAAUUCCAUCGAGUCGAAUGAUAUCUAUGCCAUCUUGGCGACAUACGGUGUAGAAGCGGCUCGUGCUGCAAUCUUGCGCGAGGUCGGUGGCGUCUUUAACGUGUACAAGAUUGAUGUCGACAGCAGGCAUCUUGAGCUCAUCGCUGACUACAUGACCUUCGACGGCGGUUACAAGCCCUUCAACAGAUCCGGUAUCUCCACUAACCCGUCACCGCUACUCAAGGCAUCCUACGAGACUACUGCCUCGUUCCUCUCAGAUGCCGCACUACACGGCGACUUCGACGACCUCACAACGCCCUCAGGUAAUAUCGUGGCUGGACGCCUCAGCCUUACAGGGACGGGUGUUUUCGACGUUGUGACGCCCAUAGAGGCAUCCUGAAAAGUCUCACGACCUGUCUGUGCUGUCGCAUGUAUAUAUUAUAUAUCUUACAGUGGGUUAGUUUGUAAUAGUUGCACUCCACUAUGUGACUAGUGCCUUCUUUGGAACCAUGAAUACGGUCCUCAAUCGUCACCCAAGUCCCACGGGUCUAUUGUCCACGCUGGCAUGCGCUCGCGGGUUGCCAUCGCGCCCAGGCACGCUACCGCAUUACGGGGACAUAAGGGCAGCAUGAUGAGCAGGAAAUCGGGCAUGUUCCAUACCAUGUCUCGCGCCUGACCGGACGCUCGAUCGCUGAGAGAGUGUAUGUCUGUCGGACCCGGGAGCCUAGUGUCAUAUGCGGGCCAAGAGCGCACCACCGCCGCAGCGUGGUGAAAGA